CAGACCAAAUCGUGAAGCACUGAGCAUGCGCCGCACGCUCGUGACGUCACGAACACGAUGACUUUCGAAGCCGCGCGGCUAUGUUUGUUUUUGUUGAGCCGCGAUCGACACGUGUUUGACGCUUUGCGGCCAGACCAGGUGGCCGCCGGCCGCCGGCAAACGACUUUUUGGGUGGCCAAGGAGUCCGAGCGUGCCGUCGGCGGCCGCAACAACGCCGCCGUUCCAAAUUGCGGCCUGGUGUUGCCUCUUGAGGCGGUGCUUGUGCAAAUUUGCAUUGCACAACCAACACAAAGGUCGAGGUGCCGCCUAAUGGCUCAUCUGAAGGCGCUCGUCGCCUCAUUGAGAACUGCUGCUCUCGGAGUGAGUUCGAAGAAGGUUUGUGGGGCAAAUCCUACACUUGGAAAACCCUUGAAGGCCUGGAGUGGAACAACUCUUGUUGAACGCACGAGGAUGAGAAAUAAAACUUUCGGAGACUUGAAAGUGGCCUUUCUGGUCAUCGUUGACUGUCGCUCCAUGAAAUCAUCUGACAUUCUUUAAACGUGCGUUGUGUUUCGUCGGAACGAAGAUUAAAAUUCAAAUUUGGCCCCGAAUCAGCCGAAUUGCCGACCAAUAUGGCAGCAAAGGACUUUGGCCAAGAGACUGCAGGAAAUUCAGCAUUCUGAAAACCGGCGGCGCCAUGCUGAAGACGUUGAUUCUGCUGCUGCCCCUCCUCAUUAAGUCGACCACCGCCAGAAUAGGCUACUUUUGGCACAUCACGGACAUGCACUACGACGUCAACUACACCACCCUCGGGGACACGAGCAAGAUGUGUUGGCUGGGCCGGCAGACGAACGGCGGCGUGCGUCGGCUGCAGCCAGGCCCGUUCGGCGACUACAGCUGCGACUCGCCGUGGGCCCUGGUCAAGAGCGCCGCCGACUUCAUGAAGAAGAAGCACGGCGACAACAUCGAGUUCGUCCUCUGGACAGGGGACGCGGGAUCGCACGCGGCUUCGGAGCCGCAAAAGCUGCUGGCGACGAUGCAGAACUUGACGGACCUUCUUCGGCACACGUUCAGCUCGCAGUUCGUGUUUCCCGCGCUGGGCCACGGUGACGUCAUCGGCCACCACAACCACCACCACCACGGCCACCCGCACGCCAUGACGGCGCACGAGCUGUACAAGAACGUGGCCGACAUGUGGCGCUUCUGGCUCCCCUCCGAGGCCCUCACCUCCUUCCAAAAAGGAGGGUACUACACGAUCGAGAACAAGGGCAACCGGCUGCGGCUGAUCAUCCUGAACACGAACCUGUACGUGCGUCGCGGGGGCGCGAGCGCCCCCGUGCGGCACCCCGAGGCGGCCGCGUCCUCGUCGCCGGGGGCCGACGACGACCCCUCGGGCCAGUUCGAGUGGCUCGAGAUGGUCCUCGACAAGAGCCUCCGCCGCCGCGAAUUCGUGUACGUGAUCGGGCACGCGCCUCCGGGGGCGGACGAGCGCGGGUCGAGCGAGGGCGGCCCUUUCCAGGACAAGUUCAACCGGCGCUACCUGCAGAUCGUGCGUCGCUACGCCAACAUCAUCGCGGGCCAGUUCUUCGGCCACCUCCACUCGGACACCUUCCGCGUCAUCUACAACGAUCUAGGCGAACCGGUGAACUGGCUGAUGGUGGCGCCGUCCGUGACGCCGUGGCGCCCGCCCAGCGACUCGGGCAACCCAGGGCUGCGCCUGUUCAAGUACGACACCGACUCUGGCCAGAUCCUGGACUACACGCAGUUCUACCUGGAGCUGGAGGAGGCGAACCAAAAGGGCAAGGCCGAGUGGCAGCCCGAGUACAACCUGACGACGUACUACGGGCUGUCGGAGGUCACGCCGAGGUCACUGCACCGGCUGGCCGAGACCUUCCGCCACGUGGCCGACACGGAGCUGUUCGAGCGGUACGUGCGGGCGACGCGCGUCUCCACGCAGCCGGCCACGCACUCGUACUCGAGCUACCUCGACAGCAGCUCGUCCUCGGGCUUGGUCGACCUGGCAGGGUCGCAGGGGUGCGAGGGGGCGUGUCAGCGGCGCCACUACUGCGCCGUCACCAGGGUCGCCUACCCUGAGCUGCAGCGCUGCCUGCGCGACGACGCCGUGUGGAGCUCGCGCGCGCCACCCACCCUCGCCGCACCUCCCCUCCUUCUCCUCCUCGCCCUUACCCCACUCCUCACGUCGCGGUGACUCCUCCCCUCGCCUGCUCACGAGGCCAACACGUACCUGCAUAAGAGAAAUUAAUGAAAAGGACUUCUCAGCGCGGCCAACACGUUUUGAAUUCAAAUGCGAAAUUUUUCGUUUCAAUAAAAAAGAAAGCAAGUUCUACGGGCACAAGAUGACGUGUGUUACUAAUCUUAAUUAUGGAAAAAUUUAAAAGAAAAACGCAGAUAUAUAUUUGUGAUAUUUACCGUUAGCGGAGUGUUUGCCAUUGAAUUUUUACUUUUUCGACUCCAAUUGAAAUUAUAAAUUGUUCUCGUUUUGCGCAAAUGAAUUUAUACAAUUAUAUUAUAAAAGUUCUACGUGAAAAAUUUUGUGGACUGGCUGAUUUGUAUGUUCCCUUCUUCACUAGAGGUCUUAAUUUAGAGGAAAUUUUCACUUAAUUGCACAGACAGAACAAAACCAACGGCAAGCAAUGUAAAUUCUAAUCUUGUAACUUCAAACCAGUUUCGGUUCCAAAAGUUUGCAAUUUUCUGUUUUUUUCUCCAUCCGACAACCACAAAGCCAUUAAAAACAUUGGUUCUAUAUUUACUAUAAUACAUAAGCAGACUGAUCACAAAUUUACACUUAUUUUUUUCCACCUUUGAUACAAAACAAAAGUAGCAAUAAUUUUUCUUCUGUUGGAGUUAGAACAAAAUUUUUGAUUCUAAAAUGACCCUCUUGAUGUCCUCUUUCAAACGAUGUGUCGUAUGUUACGAAAGUUGUGCCACUGACUUUUUGUAAUCAGGUCAAUAUGCGUAAUAAUGUUAUUAAGAACAGACCAAGGCGCGGAUCACGUUUUGUCGUGUGAUACUUUGGGCGAUCUGCUCAGAAAUAAAGUUGCAGAGACUCAGAGAGGCGCGUUUCACAAAAAAUAAGCUUUUGGAAAACCACGUUUUCGAUCUCUUUUUUUUUAAUUUGAUGGGAAAAAGCAUCUAAUUAUGGUUCAUUUUCUUCAGUAAUGUUAAAUUUCAUGCUCUACAAAAUGGCUAUUCCAGAAUCAAAAUAAAAGUGAAGGUCACGAGAAGUGACCUUGAACUUAGACCUACCUACGAUUUUGCUUUCAGAGUUGUAGAAACCAACAAGAUAAAUUCAAACAUACCCAGAUUUUUGUUCUACAAUCUCGAGAAGCCGAGAUAGAGCCAUUUGAAAUUUUCCCAAAAUCCAAAUUUGAGUGUCCCUUGAAACCCGCAAAUUUUGAGAAGACAAGGCAGUAGAAAAUUUAUUUUUUAAGAUCUUUUGGCAUGAUAAUGGUUAUGAUUGGUUGCCAAAGUAAUGAUUUCUGUUCAAGCAAUUGAAAAAUUUAUUUAAAGUAUAAUUUUGGUUUUCCCUUUUGAAACAAUGGAAAUAAAACAAAAAAAAUCAGCCUCUGCAGAUUUUUCCACUCAGUAGAAAAUACUCGCCAUCUCCUUGUUUGAUUUGGCCCAACAAUGUUCCUCGUCUCAAGAGCGACUUUGAGGUGUUUAGUGUGUAGAAAAAAAAGAAUAUGUCCAGAAAGAAAGCAAUUCAAUGAGCAGAGUCAAAAUUUAUGAUUGAAUUUUCCGGAGCGCGGAAAAAUGAGUUCAAGUUUAGCGAAAUUUUAUGUGAUCGACUCGCGCGAAUGUGCUUGGGUGUUUGGUGUGUACUCAACUAAUCAAAUAUACAAGAAAGAGAGUGUGCGUGAUUCUCACUUCUGCUGCCAAAAAACGAACGAACAAGAGCCGAGAAGAGCUAUUUUUCAAACAAGUUCUGCAGUGCGACGAAAAUAUUUGAUUCUGCGAAUACAAAAAAAAAAAAAGUUAUUUAAAAAAAAAAUGUGUCAAUGUCUGUCAGGGACAAACUUUAUGCAUUUAAAAGAGUCGCUCUCACUUAAGGGACACUUUUUGUAAAUUCAAAUAAAUAUACAAAGCUUUACAAGGAAAAAAAACUACCAACGUCAGAGAAGGAGGAAAUAAUAAAGCAAAAUGUUUAACUGUAAUUUCAAAUCGCGUUCAUCAAAUAAAAGUAUC